AUGACCGCCGCCGGACGCCUCAGCUUCACCGUGCGCAGGCUCCUGGAUUUACCCGAACAGGACGCGCAGCACCUGCGGCGGCGGGAGCCCGAGCUGCGCGCCCCGGGUCCCGGCCCCUGCCCCUCCUGGCUGGAACCCGAGCGCGGCCCCUACGCGUCCUCGGACGAGAGCAGCCCAGAGACCAGCCCGCCCGACUCCUCGCCGCGGCCGCCCGCUCAGCCCGCGUCUCCGAGCUCGGACGCCGAGAAGAGGAAGAAGCGGCGGGUGCUGUUCUCCAAGGCGCAGACGCUGGAGCUGGAGCGGCGCUUCCGGCAGCAGCGCUACUUGUCGGCGCCCGAGCGCGAGCAGCUGGCGCGCCUCCUGCGCCUCACGCCCACGCAGGUCAAAAUCUGGUUCCAGAACCAUCGCUACAAGCUGAAGCGCACGCGCGCGCCGGGGGCCGCGGCGUCGCCGGACUUGGCCGCCGCUGCGGAACUGAGCGCCGCGCCCGGCCUGCUGCGCCGCGUGGUGGUGCCGGUGCUGGUGCGCGACGGGCAGUCGUGCGGCGGCGGCAGCAGCGAGGUGGGCAUGGUCGCCCAGGACAAAACCGGCGCGCCCCCAGCCGCCGCCUGCCCUCUGCCCGGCUACGCCGCCUUCGGGCCCGGCCCGGCGCUCGGCCUCUUCCCCGCCUACCAGCACUUAGCACCCCCCGCCCUGGUCUCUUGGAACUGGUGA